GGCAUACUUGUUUACUGCACUUUAUCGCACUUCACAGACGUGGCAUUGUUUUUACAAAUUGAAUGUUUGUGGCAACCCUGUGUUGAGCAAGUCUGUUGGCACCUUUUUUCCAACAGCAUUUGCUCAGUUCAUGUCGCUGUGUCACAUUCUGGUAAUUCUUGAAAUAUUUCAAACUUUUUCAUUAUUAUUAUAUUUGUUAUGGUGAUCUGUGAUGUUACUGUUGUAAAAAAGAUUACAACUCCCUGAAGGCUCGGACGAUGGUUAGCAUUUUCAGCAAUAAAGUAUUUUUAAAUUAAGGUAUGUAUAUAUUUUUUAGACCUAAUGCUAUUACAUACUUAAUAAAUUACAGUAGAGUGUAAACAUAACUUUUUAAAAUUUUUAUUAAUUUAUUUAUUUAUUUAUUUAAUUUUUUGGCUGAGUUGGGUCUUUUUUGCUGCACGCAGGCUUUCUCUAGUUGUGGCGAGCGGGGGCUACUCUCGUUGUGGUGGGCGUGCUUCUCAUUGCGGUGGCUUCUCCUGUUGCGGAGCAUGGGCUCUAGGCAUGUGGGCUUCGGUAGUUGUGGCACGAGGGCUCAGUAGUUGUGGCUCGCAGGCUCUGGAGCGCAGACUCAGUAGUUGUGGCUUGCAGGCUCUAGAGUGCAGGCUCGGUAGUUGUGGCGCACGGGCUUAGUUGCUCCACGGCAUGUGGGAUCUUCCCGGAGCAGAGAUUGAACCCGUGUCUCCUGCACUGGCAGGUAGAUUCUUAACCACUGCGCCACCAGGGAAGUCCCACGUAAACGUAACUUUUAUAUGCACUGGGAAACCAAAAAAUUUGUGUGACUCACUUUAUUGCAAUAUUCACUUUAUUGCAAGGGUCUGGAACAAACCUGUGAUAUCUCUGAGGUAUGCCUGUACAUGCCAGGUACUAGAUGGAGAAAAUGUAACGGUACAGGGACUGCCCUGGUGGUCCAGUGGUUAAGACUCUGCCCUUCCGAUGCAAGUGGCACAGGUUCGAUCCCUGGUUGGGGAAUUAAGAUCCCACAUGCUGCGUGGUGUGGCAAAAGACCAAAAACAUUUUUAAAAAAUGUAAUGGUACAUAAAACAGGCAAAUCAAAACAAGCAAAGAAACAAAGCACAAGCAUGCAGAAACAGAAGCAAAAGCAGAAGCAGACAGACAAAAUAAUUUCAAGUUUUAUUAAGUAACAAAGGAAACAAGUGAGAGUCUGACAUAGCUAGAUGGGGUGGUCAAGAAAGUUUUCAUUGAGAGGAUAACAUUUAAGCAAGAAUCAGCAGUAAAUAUUGUGAAACCCCAGUACAGUUCUAUUUAUUCUGUGAUAGGUAAACAAAACACUUUCCCCUUAAGGUGGAAACUAUGGAGAAAGUCUAAUUACUAGUAGAUCUCUCUGGAAGAGAGACACCUCUUCCUGCACCAUUACUGUCACCCCUUCCCUCCCAGGUGAUUUUUGCAAAGCUCUUUGUCAAUGGGGGUGGGGGCUAGGGUGGAACUUGGACUUCUGGCAACAGUGAAAUAUUAUUGACCCAUCAAGUGCAAAGCUAAAGAGGCUUGGGAAUGCCCCCAAAAGGCCCUUGAUGGAGCUUGGAAGAAGCUGUUCUCUGAGUAGUUCUAAGUGUGUUUGUAUAUGUGUGUGGUUACUAAGUAUAUGUAAGUGUUAGUGUCUUUAGGGGGUCUCAGAGCUGGGCGUGGCACAGUACACAAAAAUGUUACUUUCCUCUUCUCUCCUCCUGCAUUGUUGAGGUAAAUCCAACCACAGAAAGGUGGUCCUCGAUCAAUCUACCCCCUUCCCUGACCUUAUGGGCACUCAGACCCAUCACCAAGGUGAAGAGAGUCACAGUUGAACACCAGUGGGCUGGGCUAGUCACUGCUCAAAAGUCACUGAAGGGGGAUGGGCCCUCCUGCCAGGAAGAGUUAGUCUUGGACUCAGAUUUCUGUCCAGACCCUGACCUUAUUUGCACUGAUGUAAUCAGCCAAUAUUGGCAUAGCCCUGAGAGAUCUCAUUCCCAGAAGGCUUGGAGGUGGGGUGGUGCUGCUGCCAUGCCUAUAUAGGGGCUCAGCCAGGUGCCCAGAGCUGUCCUGUGGCCUCUCCAGCUCAUCAUGGCUCGGGCAUGGGGAACACCAGUUGUACUGUGGAUGUUGGGCUUGUGCUGGUCUCUGGCUAACGCCCAUCCUCUUUUUCUGGCUAAUGCCCCUACGCAUGGAGCUGAAAGUGGGAAUGCAACCAAGUUGGACCCAGAUCUGUGUCUCUGCACUGUAUCAUCUGACUGGUCUUUUAUUUGCUAUCUCCCCACCUCCUUCCCAGAACGCUGCUCGGAUGGCUGGGGCUUUGAUGCUACCACCCUGGAUGAGCAUGGGACUAUGCUGUUUUUUAAAGGGGAGUUCGUGUGGAAGGGUCAAAAUUGGACUCGGGAGUUAAUCUCAGAGAGGUGGAAGGAUGUCCCCGGCCCCAUGGAUGCUGCAUUCCGCCAUGGUCAUGACAGAGUCUUUCUGAUCAAGGGGGACAGGGUCUGGGAAUACCCUCCUGAGAAGAAGAAGGAAUAUCCAAAGUUGCUCCAAGAGGAGUUUCCUGGAAUCCCAUCCCCAGUGGAUGCAGCUGUGGAAUGUCACAGUGGAGAAUGCCAGAAUGAGGGUGUCCUCUUCUUCCAAGGCAACCACACGUGGUUCUGGGACUACACUACAAAAACCAUAAAGGAACGUUCCUGGCAGGCUGUUGGCAACUGCUCUUCUGCCAUGCGAUGGCUCAGCCGCUACUACUGCUUCCGGGGUAACCAAUUCCUGCGCUUCAACCCUGUCACGGGAGAGGUGCAUCCUAAAUACCCUCUGGAUGUCCGAGACUACUUUAUGAUCUGCCCUGGCAGAGGCCAUGCACACAGGAAUGCGACCCAGAGUGGGGUUAAACGCUGUAGCCCAGAUCUAGUCUUGUCUGCACUGCUGUCUGACAAACAUGGUGCCACCUAUGCCUUCAGUGGAUCCCACUACUGGCGUCUGGACACCGGCCGGGACGGGUGGCAUAGCUGGCCCAUUGAGCAUCUGUGGCCCCAGGGUCCUUCAACAGUGGAUGCUGCCUUUUCCUGGGAUGAUAAGCUCUAUCUGAUCCAGGGCACCCAGGUAUAUAUCUUCCUGACAAAGAGAGGCUAUACCCUAGUAGAUGGUUAUCCAAAGCGGCUGGAGAAGGAAUUCGGGAGUCCUCAUGGGAUCAACCUUGAUACUGUGGAUGCAGCCUUUACUUGUCCUGGGUCUUCUCGGCUCCACGUCAUGGCAGGACGGCAGCUGUGGUGGCGAGACCUGAAGUUAGGAGCUCAAGCCACGUGGACAGAGCUUCCUUGGCCCCAUGAAAAGGUUGACGCGGCCCUGUGUAUGGACAAGUCUCUGGGCCCCAACUCGUGUUCUGCCAGUGGUCUCGGCUUGUACCUCGUCCAAGGCCCCAAUUUGUACUGCUACAGAGACGUGGAGAAAUUGAACGUGGCCAAGGCCCUUCCCCAGCCCCAGAAAGUAAACAGCCUCCUGGGCUGCCUUCACUGA